CGCCCGCCUCACCUCACAGCGCCUCAGCUCAGCUCAGCUCAGCUCAUGGCCAGGCUGGUGCUGGCAGGGAAGGCAAACUGCCCGCACUAUGCCAAAGCUGAGCUCCUGGCAGACUAUCUCCAGGCUAACUUGCCAGACUUCAGGGUCCACAAGAUCACCCAGCACCCUGACAAAUGGGAGGAGUGGCUUCAGCAGGUUUGUGAGAGGAAUGGAUGGGAACACCAAGAGUCUCCUAUCAUUUGGAGAGAACUCUUGUACCGUGGAGGGAAGGGACUGCUGCUGGGAGGAAUGGAGGAUUUUCUGCAAUAUGUGCAGCGCUACUAUGGGGUCAGCACAGCAGUGUCCAGUGAGGAAAUGUUGGACAUUGCUGAGGAGAACCUGCAGGCCCAUACUGAAAUUGAGAAAGAAGAGGAAGAGUUUAGGAGUCUUAUCAACCCUUUGCAGAUCUGGAUCACCAGUGCAUCAUCUCCGACCUGCUACCAGCUGAUCCCUCUGUUGGCAAGUGGGGAAGUGUUUGGGCUGAGCACAGAGAUCAGUAUCCAUUUGCUUGAUGCCAGCCAGUUUGAGGAAGUUCUCCAUGGCCUUGCCCUGGAAGCUGCAGACCUGGCCUGCCCACUCCUCCGCAGCGUUGGGGAGCACACUGAGGUGGCUGAAGCUUUUGUUCAAGCUGAUGUUGUCAUUCUUCUUGAUGAUGUCCUGGUAAACCCUGAAGUCCAACCCCUUGAGAGCUGCAUCAGAGAAGUGGGUGAGAUCUGUCAAGUCUAUGCUCCCCUGAUAGAGAAGAAUGCCAAGAGUGAGGUCAGAGUAAUUGCAUCAGGAAAAACCUUUGUAAACCUCAAGGCAAUGAUGAUGAUCACUUAUGGCCCCUCCAUUAAGCCUGAAAAUGUCAUUGCUGUUGCAUCCUCCUGGGAAAGUGCAGCCAAAGCCAUGCUGGCCAGGAAGCUGAAUUUGAGUGCAGCAGAAGUUAAAGAUGUGAUUGUCUGGGGCAAUAUUUCUGGCUGUAACUACAUUGAUUUGUCACAUGGAAAAGCUUAUGGAUAUGACUCUGGUAUUCGGGGGCCCCCUGAUUUCCCACAUCCUUUGCUGAAUGUGAUUUCUGACAGGGAAUGGAUCCAUUCAGCAGUGCUCUCUGAGCAGAGCUCGCUGAGGUCCCGGCUCUGUCACUGUGCAGGGAUGUUACCUGCUCAUGCAGUAGCCACUGCACUGAGACACUGGUACCAAGGCUCUCCUCCUGGGGAAGCCAUUUCAGUGGGAGUACUUACCAAAGGUCAAUAUGGUAUUCCUGAAGGAAUUGUCUUCUCUGUGCCAGUGAGGUUCCACAGUGGUACCUGGGAAGUCAUCACGGAACUAGAGAUGAAUGAAGAGACCCGAGAAGCCCUGGGACGGGCAGCCCACGAGCUGCUUCAGGAAAAGCUUGUUGCAAUGAAGGAAAUACAAGAAAUGCAUCCUUAUGGAGCAAAUAACAUCACUAGUGACAAAGAUUUGCACCAAGAGAUGGAAACCUUGCCUGCUGGCUCACUUUAGCCACAGUUGUCUGGAGGAGAAAAAGCUGAAAAUUCCCAUGCUAAAACAAAGUUUCCAUUGCUCAAAAAAGCAAACUACAAAGAAAAGCUUAACAGUGCCAUACAUUUUGCAGGAUCUUCCUUAUCAAAAACCUGGAAGCCUCUAAGGCAGAAAAAGCUUUCAAAACCAGUAUGAAUGUUA